AUGGCACAGCCGCAAUUAAGGAGGGCCGCCUGGGAUGGGCAGAAUAACCGGCCAGUAGUAGUAGACAAGGCAACCGAGCUACUACAUCUCUACAUUUACGACUACUGCAAAAAGCGCAAUUUUGCACAGGCCGCUCGGGUGUUCUCUGCAGAAGCGAACGUGUCUACAGAUCAUUUGCCUCCGGUCGAUGUGCCGACCGGCUUUCUUGCUGACUGGUGGGGAGUCUUUUGGGACGUCUACCAUGCUAAACACAAAGAUGCUCAAGCGAGCAAGGAAGCUGGAAUGCAUGAUGAGGUACUACCGUCCGAGGUUCAGCGGGCCGCUGCUCAAUCUCCUCAACACCCUCAUCAUCCACACCCUCACCCGCAAGCAGGUCAAGCACCACAUAUGCAAAGUGUGCCUUCUCAGCACACGCCUAUGUCACGGGACACCCGUCAGUCACCCGCCAGCAGUGUCGCCUCCUUGCCCACCAAUCCGAUGCCUCCUCCUCAAUCUACCAUUGUAAAUACUCCCCAAAGCCUGCCUGCAACUUUGCCACAACACCUCCCCGGGCGCCACACAGCCUCACCCUCAUUUUCGCCCCAGCAGAUGCAGCGAGCCAAUGUCCUCGGACCGGAUGGAAUUCAUCCCAUGUCUGAUCCGAUGUUAAACUCGUCCAUGACCGUAGGUGUUCCAAUCAAUCCCCAAGGACAACCAAUGAUGGCCAGACCUCCGAAUGCUGUUCAUAUGCAGAGCGCGAUGAUUUCUUCCGCCAUGGCUGCUCUGGGAUUUGCUGGUCGUGAUCCACAGACCCUGAGUCCCGAAGAACGGACUUUACUUCAAAAUCAGUAUAAAAAGAAUUCUGCCCAGAUGACACAUAAUACUAUGCUCCGUAACGCGUAA